GAGAGAGAGAGAGAGAGAAGACAAAACAGCUGUGAAUUAAGAGGAAACAGCCACUUAUCAGCUUACAAGGGCAAGAAGCCACCAAGUGGCCAGCACAACGACUGCAGUGUGUGUGAGUGUGUGUUUGUGUGUAUGUGAGUGUGAGUGUGAGUAUCUCUGUAUGGUGUUUGUGUGAGUAUCUGUGUACGGUGUCUGUGUGAGCGCUUGUGUGUGCUCUGUGUGCAUGGUGUGUGUGUGUGAAUAUCUGUGCAUGGUGGUUGUGUGAGUGUGUGUGUGUGUGUGUGUGUGUGUGUGUGAGGCAGCAUGGCCAGCCGAGUGGUGUGUGUGCCCUGGCUGCUGUUCAUGCUCUGGGCUGCGGGGGGCGCAGUAAAGCUCAACGUCGAUAAACAAAAGCACACGUCGUCAACCUCCUCUUCGUCGUCAUCUUCCUCCUCCUCCUCGUCUCUGGUGAGCGUCAACGAGGGCUUGAGGGUCAAGAGGGGCCAGUCUGCCUUCCUGCUGCAGGAGCACCUGCAGUUCCACGCUGCGCCACACGGCGGCGCCACCACCUGCAAACUGGAGGUGCAGCUCAAUGAGCCCAUCACGCAACGCGUUGGGACGCUCACGCCACAGGUAUUUGAUUGUAACUUCCUGCCUGACGAGGUGAAGUACACACACAACGGCUGCCCUCUGCUGAAGAAGGAUACAGUGCUGCUAAAACUAUACAGGUUCACAGAAUCUGACACCUAUACGGAGCUGAUCUCUCUACCUGUUGAGGUUCUGGAUCCGGACUGCAACGUCAUCAAGAUGGGUCCGCGUCGCCUGGUGGUUCCGGAGUUCUACGGUCUCUCAGAGGUUCUGGACGGGAACGUGGUGAGUUUCCACUACGAGCAGCGGCCCAACCUGCAGUGUCACGUCCACAUCAGCGGCGCCGCACACACCCGCUCGGCCCAGAGUGGGACCAGCGCCGCACACACACACCUGCCGGCGCACGGACGCCUGGUCACUGGCCAACCGCUCAGCACCGAUGAGGCCAGAGGAGAUGAGCCGCACAGCUUCAUACCGCUGAGGAGACAGAUGGAUAAUCGCGAGCGUGCUAAGUGUCGCUCUGAGGAGUGUCUGGGUGGCUUGAAGCUGGUGAGGGUUACCAAGGUGACGUGCGAGGACUUCCUGAUGAUGGGGAUCCGCUAUCACCAUAGCGACCCGCCCUCACCUGACGUGGACUACAUCACCAUACGUCUGGACCUGACCGACACACGCAGCCGCACCAUAUAUAAGUCUGAGCAUGCCUGGAUCCCGGUCUAUAUCCGAGGUGCCAUGCGUAACCAGCCCCCAAGGGCAGCCUUCUCCUCCCUCCUGGUGCUGGAGGUCGACCAGUUCAUCCUCACCCCCCUCACCACGGCGACCCUGGACGCCCAGGACAGCGAGACGCCCAAUCAGCUGCUGGUGUUCAACGUGACGAGCCCGCCCGCCCAGGGCUUCCUGACUCACCUGGACGACCACACUCGACCAAUCGGGAGCUUCAGCUGGGCCGACCUGCACCACAUGAUGAUCGCCUACCAGCCGCCGAACAGCAGCUACACGCAGAGGAGGAACUAUGAGGUGGAGUUUGAGGUGCAUGACGCAUACUUCGAGAAGAGCAGCCCCAUCACCGUCCACGUGUCCGUCCGCACGGCCGACACCAACGCACCACGAGUAUCCUGGAACAUGGGCCUGAGUCUCCUGGAGGGUCAGUCUCGACCAAUCACGUGGGAGCACCUGCAGAUCGUGGAUAACGACAACCCCAGAGCUGUACGCAUCAUCACUGUGGAGGGCCUUCACCACGGCAGACUCACCGUCAGAGGUGGUAAGGGCUUCAUGUUCACCAUCGAUGACAUCAAGGCAGGUGUGGUCAGAUAUCACCAUGACGACAGUGACAGCACCAGAGACUUCGUGGUGUUCCGCAUCAGCGACGGCGUCCACCAGACACGACUCAAGUUCCCGAUCAGCAUUCUGCCUAAAGAUGACAGCGCCCCCUUCCUGGUGUCCAACACACUGCUCACACUGCCACAGGGCUCCACCAGUCUCCUUGCUGGGUCGGCCCUCCAGGCUUCUGAUGCAGACUCUAGUGACGACUACAUCAUGUUCAACAUCACCAGAGCACCACACGCAGGGGAACUCAUGAAAAUGCCUGGACCUGGAAUCACAGGUUACCCUGUGGGUCGCUUCCUCCAGAAGGAUCUGUUCCAGUCGGCCAUCUACUAUCGUCAUCAUGGUGACCAGGUGUUUGACGACUCCUUUGAGGUUGUGCUGUCAGACUUUCAUGACCCCCCGAACCUGUCAGAACCCCAGGUGGUGGUGAUUGUCAUCACUCCGGUUCAUGACUCUCCUCCUAAAGAGGCACCUGGUGUGCAGCGCCACCUGGUCGUCAAGGAAACGGACGUGGUCUACCUGACCAGGAAACAGCUACACUUCCUGGAUCCCGACGCACCUGAGGCGGAGCUCACCUACACCGUGACCACGCCCCCUUUCUACACCAAGAACUAUGGGAGUCCGGAUGCCGGCAGACUCUUCCUGGUCGACAGCAUCCCCAAGUUCACCAAGGACCCAAAAGCCCCAACGCUCAGAGUCUUUACACAGCAUGCGGUGGAUUUCCUGAAAGUGGCCUACAUGCCCCCCCUCCUGGACGUUGGGCUCCGCCCCCGACACGCUCAGUUCAUACUUUCCGUCACCAACCACAAGGGGGCGACGAUCACCGGAAUCUGCUUCAACAUCACCAUACUGCCAGUGGACAACCUGGCUCCACAGGUAUUGACUAGUCCCCUGCGUGUGAAUGAGGGUGGUGAGAGCUGGCUGACAGAGGGUCAUAUUCUGGUGACGGACGGCGACUCUCCCCCCGAAGUCCUCCGGGUGGCGCUAAAGAGCCCUCCUCAGCACGGCUCACUGCAACUCAUGAAGAAGACGCCCAACCCUUACAAGCGCAUCGGCGCACCCGUCACCACAGGACAAAUGCUGACACUGCAGGACAUCAGGGAACGUAGAGUGAGGUACAUGCAUGACGACUCUGAGACCCCUCAUGACCGUGUGGAAUUCAUCGCUACAGAUGGAAACAACACGGCUGAAUUUCAGUUGGAGAUACAGGUGAGCCUGCUGAAUGACGAGGUGCCGGUGUUGAAGGCGGGUUUGAAGGCGGGGCUUGACUGUUGGGAGGGAAAGGAAGUGGUCAUCAGCUCUGACUUCCUGUCCGCCACUGACGCCGACAGCGAUGACGAGCAGCUGAUGUACAUGGUUGCUAGGCAACCGUAUUAUGGGGUGGUGCAGAGAAGCGGCCUUAUCGUGGAUCACUUCACGCAACUUGAUGUCAUCAAGGGCAUCGUCAGCUACAGACACACAGGCCAGGAGAUUGGCUUGAAGCCGCGGUACGACACAAUCACCGUGGUGAUCUCAGACACAGAGGGGGAAGCCACGCCCCCCUGUUGCCAUGAGACGGGACCCCAACACUCACAGCUAUCCCACGCGCUGCCCGUCUACGACCUGAACAUCACCGUGCUGCCUGUGGACAACCAGGCACCCACCAUCACCAUAGGUGAUGUGUUUGUAGUGGAUGAGGGUGGAUCAGCCACCAUCAGAGAGACUAACCUGAAGGUCUCAGAUCCAGACACACCUUCAGAAGACCUGGAAAUACUGCUGCUGUCCUCUCCACAGGUGGGCUAUGUGGAGAACGUGCUCCCCUCCCCCGGUUACGAGAAAAGCAACAUGGGCAUCAGCAUUGGCUCGUUCCGCUAUGUCGACCUCAGUCAAGGUCAUAUUAAUUACGUCCAGUCUCAUCACGAGCGCAUGGAGCCGACUAGCGAUCAGCUGACCAUCGCCGUAACCGACGGCAACCGACGCUCCGCCCCAGCACACCUCUACAUCAUCAUCCAUCCCACCAAUGACGAGCCUCCGAGCUUCCUGGCCAGGAACAUCACGGUUAAGGAGGGUGGCGUACGAGUGUUAGACGCGUCUCUUUUCAACGCGGUGGACCUGGAUGUUCCGCACGAUCGCCUGAAGUUCCGUCUCCUGACCCCGCCCCUUCACGGCUCCCUCGUGGGUAGUUACCACGACAACCAGGUGACCACCGACCAUAGCGACCAGGAGAGCAGUGACCAUGGUAACCAGGUGUCGCGGGUGCAGCGCGUGGCCCAGGAGGCUGCAGACUCCGGGAUGGUGGUCAGAGACUUCACCAUGCAGGACCUGAAGAACGGCAUGUCCCUGAUGUACAUGCAUGACGACUCGGAGUCACUAUUGGACGAGUUUGAGGUGGAAGUGAUGGACGGCAAACACACAGUGCAGCGGCGCGUUAGUGUCAACAUUACACCUGUCAAUGAUGAGGAACCACAGGUCAUCAGGAACGCUGGUGUGUCAGUGGAGUUGGGCGUUGCCCGGGUCAUAUCAGGCGCGGUGCUGUACGCUCAGGAUGAGGACACGCCCCCACAUGACAUCAUCUACAUGAUUGACAGCCUGCCGGCACACGGACAACUGCAGAAGAAGGUUGGCGGUGAGUGGCAGGAGAUGUCAAUGGGGAUGAACUUCACUCAGGACACAGUGGACAUGAACCAUCUGCGCUACCUUUAUAGCGGUUCCCCCGGAAAACAUCAGCAGGACUCCUUUGUGUUCCACCUCCAGGACGGUCACAGCAAGACUCCCCCACAACACUUUUACAUCCACAUCAAGGAGCUCAAGAAAGGGUCCAUCGCCCUGGUGGUGCGACCCCUGAAGGUGGCUCGAGGGGAGCGUGUGCUGCUCAGCUCUGAUUGGCUGCUGGCGGUCGACGGAUCCGAUUGGCCAGAGGAGCUGCAGUUCGAGGUCACCACGCCACCUAGCGACGGCCAGCUUGAAUACGCCAAACACCCGGGAGUUGCCAUAGCAACCUUUACACAGCUGGACAUCGCGGCCAAUCUGAUAUACUACGCCCACGACAACACACACACCAACACACGCGACAGCAUCAGGUUUGUGGUCAGCAAUGGGGUGUCAUCUCGUAACGGAACGCUAGAGGUCGCUAUUGAGCAGGUGGAUCGCGUUCUGCCGUCGCUGGUACGGAACGCUGGCUUGAGAGUGCCUCAGGGCGCCACGGUGACACUUCCUGCUUCUGCCCUGACCCUGAGUGACCCGGACACGACCCCUGACCUCUUGACCUUCACCAUGGCGACCACCCCUCACUACGGAACACUGCUGCUCUGGGGGGCAGAGCUUCAGAGGGGAGACAACUUCACCCAGCAUGCACUGCUCAACAUGGGCGUGGCCUACAGGCAUGGAGGUGGGGCCUCUCAGAUUGACCGCUUCUCAUUCGUCGCUUCUGACUCCACCCACACCGGAUUCCUACUGGACGGAAAGAUACAGACAGAGCCCGCCUUCUUUUCCAUAGAGAUGGUGCCAUUAGAUGUUUCGGUUCCGGAGGUUCGUGUUCUUCAGACACUGUGGAAGGCGGAGCUUCUUAAAGAUGGCCGCUACGGAAUCUUCCUGUCGUCCAAUGAAAUUCAAUCGCACGACUCCCACUCCGAAGACCAGGAUCUCAUCUACCACAUCAUUAGAGCGCCACACACUGGCUACCUGGAGAAUAGUACAACAGGUGAGUUUGUGCGUGUGUUGUUCUCUCAGAGGGACCUGAGCAGACGGACUCUCGUCUACAUAAUAGACUCCGCCCACUCUGAUGAUGUCAUGAGCGACAGCCUAGAGUUCCAGGUGGCUGAUCCCCUCGGCAACAGAAGCCCCGCCCACACGCUGGUGUUCAGCUGGUCAGCUGUGGGCUUUGCACAGGCGGAGUAUCGCAUGUGUGAAAAGGCGACUAGCGUGUCGCUAACGCUAACCAGGAAGGGGAACGUUCAGGAGUCAGCAUUCAUCACCGUGCAGGUAAAAGACAUGUCUGCAGUAGCAGGUAAAGACUUCAGGCCUCCUGCAUCCAGCCUCAUCCAGUUCGACCCUGGUGUGUCUAGUCGUGUGUACCGUGUUGACCCCAUCCAGGAUGACCUUGAGGAGGCGGAGGAGGAGUUCCAGCUGACUCUCAGCAUUCCUGUGGGAACUGUACUGGCCGCGACCUCUACAGCGCGUGUCAAGGUCAUAGACUCGGGGAAAGCCCAGUGUGGGGGUGGUGUCGACCCUGGUAACCAUGGAGACGGGCUGCUGACAGCACCUCAGGGAGAUUCAGGCCCCCUCAUCCCCCCCAAACACGGCUCCAUCCGGGUCGAGACGCUGCCAUUGGCUCAGGGACACAGCGUAGAGACGCUGCGAUUGGCCCAGGGGUCGGAGGCGUACGCCAGAGGAGACGGAGAGCCGGUCAUCACUGAUGAUGUCAUCACUGACCCCGCCCACCCCCGCGGCAAGAAGAAACUUAGGACAAGUGGCAACGGCAGAAAGAUCUCACCCUCCUCUGUACACCGGAAUGGCUCCGAGCUCGUCUACACGUAUCAUGGCAUUGUGUCCAUGCGUGUGGAAGAUGACUCCACCCCUUCCUCCUCCUCGCCAGUUGGCCGCAGGGCGAGUGUUCAGGUCAGGACUCAGCAGUCAUCCUCAAACUCCGCCCACUCAGCCCCAGACCCCGCCUUCUCCAGGAAGAGUGUUCAGGCCAACAGCGCACCAGGCCCCGCCUCCAGAACACACCACACUGUGGCAGACCACGCCCACUCCCCAUCAGGCCCCUCCCCCAGACCUGCUGUAGCCAAACCUAAAGGCUCUAAGGCUAAUGCUAAUAGUAAAGCUAAAGCUGUUAGCACUAAGAAACACAAGGACUCCACCAAACAGGGUGAGUGUACUCCAGAGCUGAUGGGGUUCUUGCAUCUGAAUGAGACAACUGGUCUUCUGUCACGUUGCAAUGGACACACGUGGAAACCAUGGACACCCACGCAAGAGUUGGUGAGUGCUCAGCGUUGUCCUGAGGGCUGGAGACAUCGCGCUGGCCGCUGCUACCUGCUGAGAGAGGAGAGGGAGACCUGGAACACUGCUGCUAGACACUGCAGAGAGAAUUUCCGUGGUAACCUGGUGAGUGUUCUAUCCAAGGCGGAGAUGAACUGGCUUUGGGACUACAGUGGACGCAAGCCAUUCUGGAUAGGCCUGAGUGAGCGCGGUGGGCGUGGUCAAUGGGAGUGGGUGGGCGGAGAGUCACUGACCUUCACCAACUGGAGGCGGAGCCCCUCAAGAAACAGGAAGCAGGGAGAGGGCGGCAGGAAGCAGGGAGCAGGCGGCAGGAAGUGCGCGCUGGUGUGGAGGAGGGGCCAGUGGCAGAUGAGCGACUGCAAGGAUGGAAAACGCCACCCAUACGUCUGUUACUAUAGCAUCAAGCCAUGAGACAUGUAACACACACACACACACACAGCCAAUCCUACCUUAGGAUUUGGGCCCCACAUGGAGCGAGGGCCCCUCCAUUAACAGUGUCUUCACGAAGCUAGAUUAGUGCAGUACACACACACACACACACACAUGCACACACACACAUGCACACACACACGCACACACACACACGCGCACACACACACACACGCGCACACACACACAUACUAUACAAAAACACCAAAAUGCCAUCAAUAGGUCUGCUGCAUAUAGACACACUAUUACACACACACAGAGACACACUAUAGCACACACACACACGCCUCCUGGGGGGCUCUCCCCAUUGAGCAAGACUAGGCUAUGAGAUGCCGAUGUCUAUAAGUCUACUAUGAGACAUUAGCUGGUGGUUCCCAAACUUUUUUGGUGGGGACCCCCUUUUGGACUUGAGAAUGUUUUCGUGACCCCCAGUUUGGGAACCACUUUGCUAGCUAGUGUCCAUGCCUCUUCUACUGUAUCUGAUGCCUUUGUACUGUGUGUUUCACCAGUUUUACAUGCUGUUUUUUUAAUAGUUAACAUGUUGUAAUUUUGUGACAAAAGUUGAAUGAA